AUGUUGCUCGAAGACAUACCGAGAUGGGCCACAUUCACUGCUAUCUCAUCGUUUUUAUGCAUUUUGGGGAGUGUGUGUGUACCACUGAUCACUCUCUUCUUUUGCAAAAACUCCACUGUUAACUCAAGACUGCUGAAUUACGGACUGUCGCUGAGCGCAGGGUCCAUGAUGACCACCAGUCUGAACAAAUUGCUGCCUAAAACUGAAAAGGAGGAGCGACUCAGCGUGUUUUUGGGCUUCGUGGCGGGUGUGACGGUGAGCUUCUUGCUAAAUUUUGUGGUGCACGCCUAUACCAGCGAAAGUCUAGUGCACUGCAGUCACGGUGCCGACGCCGAAACAAAUAACCAUGGCGCAAAUUCUCACGAACAUAGUCAUACUGAUGAAGUUGGUACUAUGCAAGUGCAAAGUUUCGGCCACGAUCAUGAUCACGGUCACGAUCAUGCUCAUAGUCAUGCCCAUAACAAUAAUCAUGUCCACGACCAUAGCGACUCAGAACUCGAGCCCCUGCAACCCGAAAGGCCGUCUUUGAAGUCAUCCACUUCUGGCCCUCUACGAUCAAAGCGCUCGAUAAUAGAUUUUUUGUCCAGAAACACUUCUCACGCAGGAAAUUGUUACGGAUCUACGUAUUGCCCUCCCAAGGCUGAUAAGGCUGGCCACUCUAGCUUUGAUCAGAACCUGGUGACUUGUCACGCAGACGGCUCAAAAAAGGCCGUCCUAUGUCCGGAAAACGAUAUCGGGUAUGACCUCGAGAAUCUCUCGGUUUAUCGUGCUAACUUCCUCAAGGGUAAGAGCUCUCACGAACACACACACCGCCAUGAAAUUGAUGACUUCUCAUCAUCGCCAGAUGAAAGCUUGCUGAGCGAGGAUCACCAUCACCAUCAUCUAGAGACGCCAUUCUCCAAGUUGGUGUCCAUUGGUAUCCAAACAUGUUUGGUAAUCUCUCUGCAUAAGUUUCCCGAGGGAUUCAUUGUCUUCUUUACGAACAAGAACGACUCCGACUCCAGAUCAUUUGGUCUCUCGAUUUUUCUCAGCAUGGCGAUCCACAACUUUAUUGAAGGGUUUGCUAUGACUUUACCGCUCUAUGCCGCGUUCACAAAUAAGGCUUAUGCUGUCCUUACUGCUGCCGCUCUAGGAGGAGGGUCUCAGCCUUUUGGUGCUAUGAUCGGUUACUUGAUCUUCAAACGCACAGGUGCUCAAGAAAUUAAUAUCAAGGUUCUUCUCAGCAUCACCUCAGGGUUUUUGUUCGUGAUUGCCCUUCAGAUGUUUCAAACUGCGAUAAGUUUCAGUGACUCUCAUCACCAUCAUGAUGAAAGUGACUCAGAUGAACGGGACGAGCCUCACACGUUGGCCACAGUUUGCUUGAGAUGGUGUUGUCUGGGGGCAUUUUUUGUUCUUUCAACAGGUCUCUUCGCAUAA